AUGAAGAUUUUUGCGGAAUUGGGUUGGUUCCAAGAUCUAUUGGAGGUUCUCUAUAGGGUUUUGCAGAAAUCCAUAGAUGAAGCAAAGAAAAAAUCCAGAGAUGAAGCGAAGAAAAGGGAAGAAGAGGGGGAGGGAAGACGGAAAGAGUAUGGGAAGAAUCGUUCGAAUGAAUGGCAGAAACCUAGGAAUAGGUAUUGGUCCAACUAUGACGAAAGCGAUGUGGAGGAAGAGAAGGAAGAGAUAAAAACAGUCACAGAUGUUCGCAUCGCCAGGGCUAAAAGCGCGGUUGACAGGUACCAAAACGACCUUGAAUAUCGGUUCUUGCAUGAUCGUGUAUCGGAGGUGUUUGUGGAGAUGCUGACAUCAGAUGUCUUGUCUUUGGAGUCUGGUGAGAUUGAACAUAUCAGCACUGCUUCCAAAUUCUGUCCUUCGAUUGAUUCAUCUUACGACAGAGCAACUUUGAUAUGUGAAAACAUAGCAAGGAGAAUGUUUCCACGCCAUAAUUUUGGGGAGUACAAAGAUGUUGAAGAAGCUCAUUAUGCUUAUAGGGUCCGUAAUCGACUGAGGAAACAAGUACUUAGCCCCCUACGCAAGGCAUUGGAGCGCUUACCAGCUGCAAAACAGGACAAGAAGUCAUUAUCAUUGUUCAAGAACCGCAAGAGGCUGAUUGCUUUGGAAAUCUACAGCAAGAUCAUUGGUUGUGGUGGUGGAGGCCGUGAUGAAAGAAGAUUGCAAAUUAAGGGUUACAUGAAGCUCGUGGACAUACUAUUACCCAAGAAAAAUAUUGUCGACAUAUGCUUUGGUGAUGGGCUAAAGCCUCCUCACCAUGUGGUGGCCUUGUUGGAAAAGGAACAUGGCGGUGAUGAUGAGAUUGCAGAGGUUCAAUGGCGGAGAUUAGUCCAAGAGUUUUCGAACAAAGGGAGGCUCAGGAAUUGUAUUGCAGUGUGUGAUGUCCCGGAGAGCAUGAGAGGGACAUUGAAGGAGAUGGUUUGCAUUUCAAUGGGGUUGUUGGUUUCGGAGCUCAGCGAAAAACCUUGGCAAGGUUUUGUUAUCCCGCUCAGCGAUUUUCCAAGGCUGCACAAAGUUGAAGGAGACAAUCUGCAGUCGAAAUUGUUAGAAUACAGAGACUAUUAUCUUGUAUUUUAA